AUGGCAAAGGUGAACGGACAUGCAAGCGACGCAGAGAUCUCGGCGCUCAACGAUGCAAAGACGCACGUGGCCCGCGGCAUCGGACGUUCUUCCGAUCUCAUCUUCGAAAAGGGAGAGGGCAGCUGGGUUUGGACGGUGGACGGUCACAAGAUCUUCGACCUGACUUCCGGAAUCGCCGUCAGUGCUCUCGGCCAUGCGCAUCCCGCAGUCACAGAAGCUAUCGUCAAGCAAGCUUCGAAACUCAUCCACACGAGCGUCAAUAUUGCCUACACCCGUCCUUAUCUCGAAUUGACGACAAAGUUGCUCAAGGUCAUGCCGGACAAGUCACUGGAUACUGUCUUUUUCUGGAACAGCGGCUCAGAAGCAGUCGAAGCAGCCAUCAAAUUGGCAAGAGUGGCAACCAAGAAGCAGAACAUCAUCUCAUACCAAGGCAGCUACCAUGGACGGACGUGGGCAGCCAUGGCGCUCACUCGAUCGAAGACAAUCUACUCCAAGGGCUACCAUCCGCUCAUGCCGGGCGUGUAUACCGCGCCCUUUCCGUACGGCUCACAGUAUGGCUGUCCUGUCCCGCUUUCCGAGGAUCAACUCACCCAGGCAGCCCUGCGCGACUUGAAAUUGCUCUUCGACCAGCAGACUGCUCCCACUGACACGGCAGCCAUCAUCAUCGAGCCAGUGCUUGGAGAAGGCGGCUACGUACCUUGUCCGCCUGCUUACCUCGCCGCUUUGCGUAAGAUAUGCGAUCAGCACAAUAUCCUCCUCAUCUUUGAUGAAGUUCAAACUGGCUUCGGAAGGACUGGCACCUACUUCAUGACAGAGCAGACUGGCGUGCGACCCGAUAUUCUCAUCUUGGCAAAGGGAAUCGCCAAUGGCCUCCCACUGAGCGCUAUCAUUUCGCGAAAGGAGCUCAUGGACAUGCAAGAGCCUGGUACGCAAGGUGGAACAUACAGCGGCAAUGCGGUAGCCUGUGCCGCGGGCAUCGCCGUUGCGGAUGUCAUGCAAGAACCAGGCUUCAUGAAGAAUGUUGCAGCUAGAUCGAAGCAAUUCUUCGAUGUACUCCACGACUUGAAGCAGUCGCCCAAGACCAAAGGCAUCAUUGUGGACGUAAGAGGCAAGGGUCUCAUGAUCGGCGUAGAGUUCGACGGACCGCUGUACCCGAGCAGAGAUCAGAGCAAACCUGUUCCGGAGGGAUUAGCGGCGAAAGUGCAGAAGAAGUGCAUGGAGAAGGACCUCUACAUACUCACAACAUCGAUCUUCCAGGUCAUCCGGCUCAUCCCUGCGCUCAUCAUCACCGGUAAGUCGUCUGCCCAAGCGCAAAUGCAUGCUGAUCUUUGA